AUGCUUGGCGCGAUGGCCGCCGCGGCAGACCCCGCCGGCGCCGCCGGUCCAGAGGCGACGGUGCUGCUUGGCAUGACGGUACCCGAGUCGUGUGCCUCGCCCGCGUCGGAGCGCCAUGGCCAGCAGCGGCGCCGCUCAUGUGGCCUCGCGCUGCGGCUCGUUGGGUGUUCGGUGGCCGCGCUCGCUGCGGGUCUGGCCGUGCGGGUGGCGAACCACGCCGAUGGUGCCUCAAUCGGUGCCGCAUCGGGGCUGCGGUCACUUCGCACGAGCGUCAGCGUGGUGCUCUACGUCACAACGCACGCUUCGGAUCAGCACAUGAGUUUCUUAAGAUGUCUGCCCCCACUACUGCGGGCGUCGCCAAGGCUUUCGGAAGCGGACGUUAUUUUGUACGUCGGGUCAGAUAAUCUCACUGACGACAGAAAGCGCAACAUCACCCUGCUUCUGGAGAAGUGGCCCUUGCGUAAUCAUAUUGUUCAUUUCGGCAACAACCCAGGCUACCAGGAGGGAGCGAUGAAGGCGGCCCACAUUGGAUUCUCCAGCGGAUGGUUCCGAGGAUACGAUUGGGUCAUCCGUGUCAACCCUGUUUAUGUGAUCUACGACGACCGCGCCGUUUGGUCUCGCAUGGAGAAGGCAGAGAAUUGGGGCGUCUUCGUCGCUUGCCGACAGGUUUGCGAAGACCAUUCUGGCUGCACUCCGAACAAGACGCACACGGACUUCUUUGCCGUGAGGCCGUCCCACGUGCCACAGAAUGCGUUUGCAGACUGGCGGACGGCGGGCAACGCAGAGAGGCAGGCGACCGCGGCGUUCAAGGCGAUCUACGAGGCGAAGGCCGACGUGUACAUCCCGAGUCACCGUACUGAGGGCUGUCGCGUGCAUGGAGGCGGCGUGUGGCACAGCACGCACUUCUGCCCAGAAGCAGAGCACAGCACAGCACAAACGAUUCGCAACUUGGUCACGCGUAGGAGGAGGACUGGGAGCAGGAGCUAG